UUCUACGGCCUACCACUGAUUUGUUUAGACUUUUCAUUUUGAAAUUUCCACUCCUUGUCACCGAUUAUUUCAAAUCAAAUAAAUUAGAAAUAUCCGUCAAGUUCCUGUCAGCUGUAAAAUGAGUGGCCAAGUUCCGGCCCGCUACAAUUACACCAACUACGACAUCUACUUCGGAGUGGUUCCCGUCGGCACCACCGUCGUCAAACCCUACCACAUCAGGAACCACCACAACGAAGUCGUCUCUUACCUCGUAACCAGAAACACGCGCAUCAGUCCCAUCUACCAAGUCUUUGACGCCAACAAAUACGAAACCAAACUCGAUCCCGGCCGAGAACUGGUGCUAAAAAUCAGUUAUUCCCCCAACAUCCCUGGUACCAAAAACUACGACUAUUUCACAAUCAACGACAGUCGCCAGAACUUCUACCGCCUGUGCCUCAGGGGCGAGUGCUCAGGCCCAUCGGUCACAACCUCCAUCCGACACUUAAAUUUCCACAAAACGCCCAACCACAAAAGCGUCAAACAAAUUUUCACACUUAGUAAUACUUCGGAAUGUUUGGCAAGGUUCCAGUUCGACUGUAUUAGGGACGAACAGGGGGCUUUCGCAGUGGAUCCGGUCGAAGGUGUUAUCAAACCGCAAGAACAUGUCUACAUUGAAGUGAGGUUUUGCCCCAAAACUUUCAGGUUUUACUCGCGGCAAUUGGCUUGUCUCAUUUUAUAUCAUGAACCGAUUUUGAUCAACUUAUUUGGAGUCUACUCAAACAUUGACUACGACUUGACCCAGUCACCUCUCAGGUACUAUCAACUUCCAUACGAAGAAACUGUGAGUUUUGCCGGAUAUUUGAGUGAUAGUGUGACCCUCAAAUACGUCCCUCCGCCCGUUUCUUUCACCGUUAAUUACCUCGAUUUUGGGCGAAUGUUGCCGGAAAGCUCGUGUCAAACUUUAACAACUAGUUUCACAAAUCAUAUGGAUAAGCCAGUUGAAGUUGAGUGGGAGCAAAGCGAACUGUUUCGAAUUUAUCCGGAAAAACUUGAAAUUCCGGCUAAAAUGUCGGCUUUGUAUGAAUGUAGGUUUCGUCCAAGUGCCAAAUGUAGACUCUCAUCGGCCAUAAUUAAUGGUUUGGUCACGUGGAUCCCCACGGAGGAGGAUAAUCCCUUUACCAUCAAUGUCCCAAUCCCUGUCUCCCUUCGUUUUAUUGGACACAGUUUUCCCGGAAAGCAGGCCUGGAUCCCGUCCAUUUCUAUUAUUCCCAGUACUAUCAUCCUUCCCUUAUGUCUGCCAAAUCACCCUUCUUGGACCACAUUUAUGAUAGAGGCCCACGGCCACUUGCCCGUCCUUUUCAAACUGUUACCACCUCGCAAAACAAAUUUUAUAAUGAAACCAAUGGUUGGUUUGGUGCGAACCUUUCAAAUAAUCGUCGUCCAACUCGAAAGCAGUUCCACCGAACCAAACUCAUACAUCGAAAAAUGGAACAUCCAGCUCAACGGCCACGAAAGCUCGCACCCAAUUUUCAUCAAAGCCCAAACUGACAUCCCCAGAGUUAUAGUAGGCUACGAAAACUGUAUCAAAUACGAACCCAUGCAGCCUGGAACCCAGACAAGUCUUUAUGUUCCUUUGGCCAAUGUCUCCUGUUGCCACAUCCAGUAUGAAUUUUUGACCCCGGAGUUCUUCGGAGUCGUUACUCCACGGGGUGUUUUGGCCCCCAAUGAAGAAGUGUUUGUUACUUGUUGGUACCAGUCGGAUUUAAGUCAAAUUGGUGAAAGUAAUUUUUCGGUGAAUUGUCGCAUUCGGUGCAUUUAUAAGGAAAAAGUUCUAAUUGGAGAACCUGUGGAUAUUCCUGUUACGGUUUUUGUAGAAGUGGUUUAUUCAGAGCUGUGUGCUUUUCCGAGCAUUUUCAAGUGCGGCCAAAUCGAAUAUGGAACCACAAUCAGCACUUGUUUCCACAUUUUCAAUUUCGGUUACUCUAACAUUAAUUUCAAACUAUGCCACGACCAUGCCUUAAAAGACGUUGCUUUGUACCCCACUUUUGGACGUUGUGGCUCUCGCGAAAAACUCCUAGUCAACGUCCAGUUCACUUUAACCAACUUGGGAAAACGAACCCUCCACAUAGGCUACACGAACCGCCUCAACGAAUUUUCCGAAAAUGCUAUAAACGAGGGAACGAAAACCAUUUUCCGAAUUGACUACGACUGCAUCUGUGCCACGCUCCAAAUCACCGACUUGUUGGAACACAAUUUAGGCGGUUUGUUCAGUCACAGCGACUUGUGGCGAUUUUUGCGAAUAGACGCAAUCAAUUCGGCGUUAAAAGAAACGAAUGAAGGGGAGAUAUCACGCGUGGAUUUGUGCGUCCCAGACUGUGAAAUGUCCCAAAAGUUGUACUAUUUGGUUUUUGUCGUGAAAAACGUGUCAAACGCCCACAUGAGAGUGGCUCUAAAAAGGCGAAAAAUCUGCGAUUGUGAGCAAAGGCAGUCGGAGGAAAGCCUCACUUUCAGAAUUAAAGUCUACGAUUGUCCCCACAAGGACUUAUUCACGCUUGAAUUGGCCAAUCCUUUGAUGCCGGCCAAUUCCGCCCAGCGCUUGACUCUCAAAAUUAGACACACGCUCCCUGACCUAAACACGCUCUCAUAUAUUCUCGAAAUGGGCAAUGAGAGGACAAUCAUUUUCAAUAUUUCCGUCAACAGUAUCCCGCCUGAUUGCUACGCCUUGUCUGUUUAUCAGCUGGACUAUAGGUUGCACCUGGGCUUUGUGUACAUCGGCCUGAGGGAAGCCCCGGUCUUUGCCUUCUGGUUGUACAACAACACGAGCAAAGCAGUGCCUUUCAAACUGGACGAUCUUGAAAUCACGAAGUUGUGCAAUGAGGACGGCUUUCCCGUUUUAAAGUCUCUCAAUUCGAUCGGCUUUGUCAAAGCGCAGAGUCGGGCGCCGCUUUUGUUCAAGUUUUGGCCGAUUGAAGCCAAAUGUUACCAAGUUGUAGUGCCCUUGAUGCUAGGAACAAACCCUGCGACUUUUCAAAUAGUGGGUUAUGGGACCGAUCAAAUAAAAAAGAGCGAGUUUAGGGACGUUGCAAGUUUGGCCCAAAAACCGCUCUACAACAACGUUGUGAGCCUGUCGGUGGAUCGUCUGGUGAUUGAGCCACUUUUGGUGGCAAGUUCGACCGAACGCUUGUUUUUUAUCCGAAAUCGGGACCGAAAUCACCGAAUCCAGUUUCGCUGGAAAACUUGUUUUAUUGACGGUUUGGUCAAAGUGGAGCCGUUGACCAGUGACGGUUUUUUGGAAGCGCAAGAGGCGCAACCUGUGAUUGUCAAAAUUACGUCCCUUUGUGAACCGUGUAAUGUUCGACUGUUACUUUGUUGCGAAUUUGUUGAUUACGACCAGUUGGUGGUAUAUAACGAUUCUGCGACGUUAUUUAAUGAGAGACGGAGAAGUUCUGUUAAGGAAUUCGUAAUAUCGGACGAGAUUGAUGGGAAAGAAAAAGAAAAUAAUGAACUUGAGGAUAUUGAGCUGCCACCAAAACCCGAAUACUUUACCAUCACUUUACCAAUUAAUGUAAGUGUGGUUGGGUAUUCGGACCGUGAUAUUUGUCUUUCUGUGGAGUCGCAAAUGAAGCAAAAGCCUUGCGAUACGGUACCGAUUAACGUGGAUGAAUUUCUAGCAGAGUAUUUCAAAGAAACGGAAAAAAAGGAAAAGCCGAUUAGGCCUCCGUUACAAGAAAUAAGCCAAGAAGAGGGUAAAGUUAAAGAUGAUGAACCCUUGAUUGCGGAAGAAUUGACCAAAAAUGUUUUGGAGCAUUUAACGAGUGAUGCGGUCUUCUGUGACUAUUUCCGCGAAAAAGUCAACAUAAUGAAAAACGAACCCAACCCCUUGUACUCCCAAAUCAAACUCGAUGGAAAGAACAGACGAAAGGAGUUGGAAAAGGAAGCAGAAAAAUUCUUUACUCAAGCUAAACUGUCGGAAAUUGCCGAAAUUUCCAAAGAAGCGGUGGUUCACAGUUUGGAGGCGACAUUUCACGUGGGACCGUUUGCAAGAAAACACAACGAUGGCUAAGAACUUGUCGCCCUCGUUUCGCGUCACUUUCUGCCCUUCUUCAGAGCUAUCAAAUAACUUGUCCACUACUGGGUCACGUUUCUGCAAUUAAAUAAUCAAAGAAAUGAAACUGGCAGUUGUUUCAUGUACCAAUUCC